GAUUGGUGGGCCAAAAUGAGAGGUGGCGGGGAUCUCGAAGAAAUACGAUCUUCAUGAACAGGAUUUUCAAAUGCCAGUCGAUCGGUUCAUGUGUAAACCAUUGCAUUAUAUUUCCAGCGUAACCUUAAUUUCGUGAAAAGCUUGUAUGAUCAUUUCAAAAUACACGAAAUACGCGAAGUACUUUUUUUUAAAUUUACCUUCUUAAUUAGCUAAUUAAAUUCAAUUUCUCAAAAUAGUGUCUAUAAUGGAGAAAAUAAGAAAAACAUCCACGGAAGAAAGCCUGUGUUUCAUCAGGCAGUCGCUGAAGUCGGAUGAAAUGGAUCAUCUCGAAGGUACUCAUUUUGACGGAUUGUACCCCCACGUGUUUGUUACGCUCGGAGCUUCUGGUGAUUUAGCGAAAAAGAAAAUCUACCCAACGCUAUGGUGGUUGUUCAGAGACAAUCUUUUACCAAAAACCACUACAUUCUUCGGUUACGCGCGCACGAAUAUGACCGUGUCUCAAUUAAGAGAAAAAUGUCAUCCGUAUAUGAAAGUGAAACCAGAUGAGCAAGAAAAAUAUGAGGAGUUUUGGAAAUUGAAUCACUAUGUCUCUGGUAUGUACGACUCGCAGAAUGGAUUCGAAGUGCUGAACAAUGAACUGAGGAAAUACGAGCGAAAUUACCAAAUCGCUCACAGAUUAUUUUACCUGGCCUUGCCGCCGACUGUUUUCGAAAGCGUAACCGUACAUAUUAGGAACGUUUGUAUGGGUAACAAAGGAUGGACCAGAGUGAUUAUAGAGAAACCAUUUGGCCGUGAUGCAAUUACAUCGCAACAGUUAUCCGACCAUUUAGCGUCGUUAUUUGGAGAAGAUCAAAUUUACCGUAUCGAUCAUUAUCUGGGCAAAGAGAUGGUUCAGAAUCUGAUGACCCUGCGAUUUGGUAAUCGUAUAUUCAGUCCAACCUGGAACAGAGACAAUAUAGCUUCGGUGCAAAUUACGUUUAAAGAACCGUUUGGUACCCAAGGGAGAGGCGGCUAUUUCGAUGAAUUUGGUAUCAUUAGAGAUGUCAUGCAGAAUCAUCUGUUGCAAAUUUUAUCGUUGGUUGCGAUGGAAAAGCCCGCGUCUUGCCAUCCGGAUGAUAUCCGAGACGAGAAAGUGAAAGUGUUGAAGUGCAUAAAGCCUUUGAUGUUGGAGGAUGUUGUGCUAGGUCAGUACAUUGGUAACAUUGAGUCCAAUGAUCCUGAUGCUCAACUUGGCUAUUUGGAUGAUCCUACUGUACCAGCUGGUUCUAAUACUCCCACGUUUGCUUUCGCUGUAUUAAGAAUUAAUAACGAACGAUGGGACGGGGUUCCAUUUAUUCUUAAAUGUGGGAAAGCGUUAAAUGAACGAAAAGCAGAAGUUAGAAUACAAUAUCAGGACGUGCCUGGUGAUAUAUUCGAUGGAAAAGCAAAGAGGAAUGAAUUGGUAAUUAGGGUACAACCAGGCGAAGCGUUGUACAUUAAAAUGAUGACAAAAUCGCCUGGUAUUACAUUCGAUAUGGAGGAAACAGAGUUAGAUCUUACAUAUGGUUAUAGGUACAAGCAUCUGAAACUUCCGGACGCGUAUGAACGACUGAUAUUGGACGUAUUCUGUGGCUCGCAAAUGCAUUUUGUACGCAAUGAUGAACUUUCGGAAGCAUGGAGAAUUUUCACGCCUCUGCUUCAUCGAAUAGAAAAGGAAAAAAUUAAACCAAUUCCGUAUAAAUAUGGUUCACGAGGACCUAAAGAAGCGGACGAACUGGCAAAGACAAAUAACUUCCUCUAUUAUGGUUCGUACAAAUGGGUGAAACCAUAAAUAAAAUUUUUAUGAUUUGAAAAUGUAAAAUGUACAUAUAUACUAUAGAUCGCAAAAAAUU